AAACAACGCCCCCGGUGAUAACGUCGGGGAUGGAGAUCUGGGAUCCUAUGGGAUCCACAGCCGCAGCAUGUUUCUUUAAGUCAUGGACCCCGAGGACGACGCAGUUUGGGUCUCCGGAUGUCUCCCCGUCGCGCUGCAUGGUGAAAGCAGCGGUGAAAUCCCCGGUUUCACCGCUGGGGAAGCUCCUGGUGCUUUCACUCUGUGUGCUGCUUCCCUGGCUGGCUCGGUCGACCCCCUUCGCUGCUCCCAGAUUUAGAGGGACACGACUGGGACAGGGACGACAGGGACGACAGGAAGACCCAUUGAGCAGAAAUGCAUUGAGCCCAGUGAUUCAAGCUUGGCAGCUGCAGCAAGAGCGUGACAGAGAAUAUGAUGAGCUGUUGCGCGGCGGUUUUUCCAAAGAGAAGAUGUUUCAGUUCUUUCGCGGGCGGCCACAUUUGAUUCUGCGCCGCUUCUACGAAAUCGGUCAAGUUCUGCUCCCUGCCUGGCAGGUUUGGACCAACCCGAAGGAGGGGACAAGUCGUGGCGAGUACCUUAAGGGCAGUUUGCAGCGCCUGGGCCCCGUCUUCGUCAAAGUGGGUCAGACCUUGGCCCAGCGCCCAGACAUCGUCGGGGACGACGCGGCCGAGGUGCUGAAGUCGCUGCAGUCCAAGACCAAACCCUUUCCGGAUGAGAUCGCGCAUCGGAUCAUCCUGGAGGAUUUGAACCACACGGGACCGCUGGCGCCUGGGUUGUGCCCGGAGGGCUUCGACUGCGACGGAUCGCCCCUGUUUCGGGAGAUCUCCGCCGAGACCAUUGCCUCGGCUUCCCUGGGGCAGGUCUACAAGGCGAAGACCCGUGAGGGUCAGCAGAUCGCCCUGAAAGUCAUGCGUCCGGGGGUAGCGCGCCUGGUGGCCUGCGACUGGGUCUGCUGGUUCUUAGCCUUGAAAUUGCAACGGCUGAUUUUUGGUUCCUUCAACGAUUUCGCCAAGCUGGCGGAUGGUGUGGCAGGCGGGGUCUUUUUGGAACUCGACUACCACAAUGAGGGCCGCAAUAUGGAGGACUUUGUCCGCGAGCACAUGUGGUUGGGCUUCGUGACGGCUCCAGCUUGGGUGCACGCCUACACGGGUCCCAAGGGCAAUUGCCGCGUCCUGGCCACGGCCUGGGCCGAUGGCCUGGAUUUCAGCGAGCUGCCGCAGCACCUGCGGCACCGGGCCGUGCGCCUGGCCGCGGAGGCGUGUCUGGUGCAGCUGCUGAUUACGGGCUUCGUCCAUGCGGAUCCGCAUGAAGGAAACCUGAAGUACAUGCACGAUGGCCGCAUUUGCUUCUUAGACUUUGGCCUCAUGGACCGCGUCUCGCCACGCGUCAUGGAAGGCUUCGCGGACGGCAUCCGCAGCGUGGUGUCGCAGAACUGGACGGCGCUGGCGCAGUCCAUGCAGCAGGUGGAGUUCGUGCCGGAUCCUGUGAAACGAAACUUGAGACCCAACAGCACGCGUCCCCUGUGGGUGGACAGCACCUUUGAUGAGUUCGUGGAGGCCCUCGGUCAGGAAGUGGGUGGUGACGCGGACGCGCAGACACGCUUUGGCGACAUGGCUGCGGCUCUGAAGCGGCUCAGCAACCGCUAUUUGAUGCUCACUCCGGACUACGUGGUGCUCAUGACCCGUACCUUUGUGACCUUGGAGGGCAUCGCGGCCUCCUACGACCCCUCCUUCAACAUCUACACCACGGCGUUGCCCAUCACCCUGCGGCGCCUCGUGUCGCCCAGCACCAAGGAGGCCCGCGCCAACCUGCGGAACAACGUCUUGACGGAGAAGGGCGAGCUGAAAUGGUCCGAAUUGAAGGAACUGCUGAAGACCACGGAGCAGGCGCCUGCCGAGGCCGCUGAAGGUGAGGAAAUGACCCUGUUGGAUGCUGAGGAUAGCAAUCCAUCCAGUUCGGAUAGCGGUUUCCGGCCACUGGAAGGCCUGUUAGGCUCCAGCGAAGGCCAAUGUCUCCGGCGCAUGGCAUAUGACAUUGACCUCAAGGCCCUCUUCAACUUCUUAGCUUCACGCGACGCCCGAUCCCUGCGAAAGCAGGUGGCUAUUUGGCUGGCGGGGAAAUUGGACCUGCGGCAUUUGGCCAGUUCCAGCAAGUCUGUGGAGGAACCUCCAGUAGGAUCUCCUGAGUAUGAGAAGUUACAGAAACAGCGCGCCCAACGAGAUCGACGCGCCUUGCGCUUUAUUCUGCGAAGUCAAUGGAAUCGCUUGCAUUUUCGGGCCCUGCCUUCAUUGGCCUUGGCCGUUUUGGUGUUCUUUCUGCGCGUGUCGGGCACGGCGUUGAUCCUGAUCCUGCGACGCUUCCUCCGUCGUCUGCGGAGAGGAGUGGUGGCUGUGGUCAAGUCACCCGUCAGCUUCUUCACCUGGCUCGGUCGUCGUCGCGACCAGCAAGCGCUCACCAGCUGAUGGUGAACGACGUGGCAAAACCCACAAGGAUACCAAAGCUGUAUUUGUUGACCUUUAUAGAUUCAAUAUAUUGUAAUUAAAGAGAUGUCUGAAUACACAGUCCUGCAACCUCGAUGCGAAGACUGAGAAAAGCUCGACCUGAUCAGACCAAAGAGUCUUCGGCCCAUCUUCGGCCCUACACAAAAUGUGGUGUGCCCUUGGCGAAACCGUGAAAUCAAUCUUUUGAGUCUCAAAA